AAGAACCCCGUCUUUUCGGCAUACUCCGCGAGAAAAAGGAGCACACCGGCUACAAAUGACGUUGCAAUCCAGACUAGCUGCGUUCAAGUUAGUUUGGGAUUGCAGCAAGUCAACGCUGUCAACGGAGGAGUCAACAGGAAACAAAUUGGAAAAAGAUGUCUUCUCCAAACGAGGCAGACGAAGAUGAGAUGGAAGAAGAAGUGGAGUUGGAAGAAGAAGUGGAGUUUGUAUCAGAAGGUCCUCUUAGACCAGUAUUGGAAUGUAUUGAUCUGCUGAGUGAUAGUGAGGAUGAGGGAUGUUCAUCAUCAGUAGUCACGCUUGAAGACAAAAUCACCCAGCACAAAGCACACGUUGUGUCUACGCUUGACAGACUUGCACACCAGGUGGCUCAAGAGAAAAAGGAAAGAGCAGCUAAAUGCAGAGCAUUCAAGGAAAAACAAAUCUUACAAAAAGCUCAUGGACAGCAGGAGUUAGCUGUUACUUCUACAAAUGGGAUCAAUCAGGAAGCAAAGCGCUGUGUAGACAUGUGGUUGAAGAUGCCAGGUCUGAAACCUGGGGUGAUCAGUGCUGGUUCAGGAAGACGGCACACACUUGCUUCUUUCCCCAGAGGUAGUUCAACAAGACACACGUGUCCAGUAAUUAACUGUGGUCGUAUUUACGACAACGUUUCCCUCCUUGAUGGGCACUUAAAAAGGUUUGAUCAUUCUCCUUGUGAUCCAGCAAUCAAUCUUCGGGGAAGUCAACCUGAUCUCUUUGCUUGUGUUGCCUGUAGUCAUCAUUAUCCAACCAAGGAAGCUUGGAGGAGACAUGUUGAGUCAAAGGUAUCCUCACCCAGUCCUGAUGGGCACAGCAUGAAUCAGACCUAUCAGCGGAUUGUGUGUUUUGCCUGCCCAGCCUGCUACCUCCUCUUCAACCUCCGAGAUGAGUGUCUUCAGCACAUGUCAGCCAAAAAUCACUUCACAGAGUCGCUCGCCAUGAAUGACAACAGAGGAGCAGCCCUACCAGUUCCUGUCCCACAGCUUGUUAAGAAUCGUCUUAUCACUCUGUGCAAGGAAGUAGCGUUCACUAUCCAAUGCUCUUUAUGUCACAAAGUACUGAUCUCACAUCAAGCAGCUCAAGCUCACUUUAAUGUGCUCUGCAGACACGGCUGUGCUGUGGCCAAAGCUGACAAAACAAUAGUGGACGUAAUGAAACGACUGCAAGUGCGAGGGCAGUGUCCUCUCUGCUCUCAAAUCUUCUUCAGCCAGGCUGAAAUAGAAAGACACAAAGAAUCGAUGCAGCACGAUGUUGAGGUCAAUCAAACAAUUGCAAAAGCACUUGUUCAAUACAGCAGUUUCAGUGAAAUUCAGUACACCCAGAGGGCAAUGGAAGCGCAGGAAAAAAGACAGUCCACUGGCCUGGAGAUAUCUUUUCAAAGAAGAAACAAGAGGAGUGAUUGUGAUGGAUCUCCAGCUAAAAGGCAGAGACUAAGUCAAACUAUGAAUGCCAGCAGUAGCAGGACUUUAGCAUGGUUCUGUGAGUGUGGUCUGCAGUUCUCGGAAGAGAGUACAGCCAGUAAGCACCUCCUGGCUGCGAACCAGAUUUUCCAUCAGUGUGGUGUAUGUGGCAAACACAUGGGAGAGUCCUCAAUCGCACGCCUGCAUAUGAGUCGUUUCCAUGGGGGAGCGCAUCUCUCCAACUUCCUGUUCUACUGCCGUAAGUGCAAACUGGAAAUGCCCCGGUAUGAAGAUAUCCUGUCUCACGUGUCUGACUCUCACAGUGGACACACCUACUUCGCUGAGCAAGAGGUCCCUGAGGGUCUUGCCACAGUUCUUGAUGCCAAGCCUUCCACGAGCAAUGAAGUAACCUUGCUCUCUGUGUCCAAAGUCCAGCAGAACAUGAUGGAGACAUGUUCUUCAACAGUGGAGUACACGUGGAUGUGCAGGAUGUGUGAAGACGUCUUCAACUCUGAAGCGGCUGUCCAAAAACACUGCAGUGACAUGAGCAGUCACAGCUUCCAGAGAUUCAUCUGUGGACACUGUCCUCAAAAAUUCUUUAAAGAAUCCACUGUGCGGAGACACUGCACGAAUGAGCAUGGCGGGCAGAUAAAGAGUUUCCAUUUCUGCGGCUUGUGCGACAGCAUGCAGUUUGAAUCUGAGGAGGAGUUCAUGGAGCACUACAAAAGCCUUCACAGUAAGGACUACUACUGUAUGGAUGAUACAGAAGUUGUUCAGCCUACUGCUGCUGAAGGAAUCCAUCAGCUUACAUGCCCAUGCAUGGGCUCAGAAAAGAGCAAAGAAGAAAUGAAAGCUACUUAUACACGAUGUAUGAAAAACCUAGCUGCUGAAGGAAAAUGCCAGUAUAUGUGUGCUCCGUGCAGCAUUUCUGUGGCAUCCUAUGCACAGAUGAAGACUCACAUCCACACAAAACACGGAGCCUUGAAUCUGGACAAGACCUUUGAUGUAGAAUGUAAAGCAUGUCAGGAAAGUUUUAAGGGUGUGCCAAGUUUCCAUAAACACUAUCAUUCCCAGCACUGUACCCUGGAACCCUGCAUGAGCUCCAGGACCUGCAGGAAGGACUCAAAAGCAGAACCCACUGCUGUAAAGAUAAUAAAUGCUGUGGAGAUCAAGCCGGAUAAUGAUGAUGAAGCGGAUGAUGAAAUAAAGCGUGUGCUGUCUCUGAGUGCAGAAGAAGCGAGAGAGUCGGCAGAGUUGGAAGAAGCCCUCAAAAGAAGUCUUCUGGAAUUCUAAGUACUUAUUAUUUUUGUGACAUGCUGUUCAUUGGAUGAAAUCUUGUGUGAUGUUUUGUACUGGGUUACUGUACUCAGAUUUAAUGAAUAAAUGUUGUCAUUUAA